GCGUCGCUGGACGGCCGGCAAGCGAGAUGAAGACGGAGGAGAAGCCGGCGGUGGGGGGAGGAGGCUGGGGUCUGGGCGGCCGUCCCUGCGACACUUGCGCAGUCCACGCCGCGCGGCUCUACUGCCGGCACGACGGCGCGUACCUCUGCGCCGGGUGCGACGCGCGCGCGCACGGCGCCGGCUCCCGCCACGCGCGGGUCUGGCUCUGCGAGGUCUGCGACCACGCGCCCGCAGCAGUCACCUGCCGCGCCGACGCCGCCGCGCUCUGCGCCGCCUGCGACGCCGACAUCCACUCCGCCAACCCGCUCGCCGGCAGGCACGAGCGGAUCCCCGUCGCGCCCUUCUUCGGCGCGCUCUCCGACACAGCGUCCCCGCAGCUCCUCGCCGUCCCCUCCCCAGCCUCGGCCGCCGCCGGGACGACGCGGGAGGACGACGAAGGGAGCGACGAGGCCGAGGCGGCAUCGUGGCUUCUCCCCGAGCCCGGCGAUAGCACCGAGGACAACAGCGCCGCCGCUGCCGCGUUCUUCGGCGACGCCGACGCCUACCUCGGCCUCGAUCUGGACUUCGUCCGGUCCAUCGAGGACGGAAUCAAGGCCAUCGGGGUGCCGGUCGCGCCGUCCGAGCAUGACCUCGUCGCCGGCGCCAUCUUCUACCCAGAACACUCCAUGAACCACAGCUUGUCUUCGUCGGAGGCAGCAGUGGUGCCGGACGCGCUGUCAGCCGGCGCGGCGCCGGCACCGACGGCGCCGGUCGCGAGCAAGGGAAAGGACAGGGAGGCCCGCCUGAUGCGGUACCGGGAGAAGCGCAAGAACCGCCGCUUCAGCAAGACCAUCCGCUACGCCUCCCGCAAGGCCUACGCCGAGACGCGGCCGCGCAUCAAGGGCCGCUUCGCCAAGCGCAACGCCGGCGCCGACGACGACGACGGGCCCUUCUCGCCCGCCUCGUCGGCGCUCCUGGCGUCGGAAGGAGACUACGGCGUUGUGCCGUCCUUCUGAGGACCUACGGUGGCCCACCGAGACCGGCCGGCCGGCGACGGGGACUCUGCUGCCUGUAAUUUUUGGCGCUCUCAACCAACCAUGGUCCAUGGCGAUGGCUGCGACCCGUGCUCCCUGUAACAUCGAAUAAUCUGUACAGUUUUGUUCCGUGGGAUUAGUAUCGCUCCUACCUCAUCAUGUACUCUUUUUUUUUCCUCUUCUGCCCAAUCUAGUCUUUGUACACUGCAUUGUGUAGUAGCUAGUGAUCGCUGAUCGGAUCUUGCAACUAUCAACUUCAGUUAGCUGUUCCAGCAUCA